GCAGGCGCGCGGGGGCGGACUCACGCGGCGCCGCGGCGGCCAGACGUCAGUCCGACACCGAGCGACACGCGAGCCGAGCGCUCGCCUUGCGCUACACGCGACGCGCGGUUCAUCUAUGUACAUCGAAACGAACAGUUAACCCCGACAUCGCAAUCGUCCUCCAGUUUAUAAACCCUAAAAAAGUCAACCCUAACACCGCUAUAACAACCCCUAUUCACUCCACUCGAGUCGCAGAGCUCCCUCUAAUUAUUGACUCCCCUAAACUUUGUUCAAAAAUCCGGCCGCUCUCCGAUCACUUUCAUUAAUUUUAUAUUUUUAUAACUGCACCGCUCUCUCGUUCCAAAAAAAAUGUGCUAUAUUUCAUAGCAACAGAUGUUUCAGCACACUCUUUCAAGCUUCCUACUUUGCUUAUUUCCUCAAUAGCUUCAAUUAAUCUACAGAGGUGACAAUUACUUUUUUCUACAUUUCAUUAGCCGGAAAAUUUCGUGGAGUCUGUUGCGCGUAAGACUAAGUUGGCAAACUGCUUUGCGUCACAGUUAUCUGUAAUCGGGUCAAUUAGGACGCUUUGAACCAUGACACUGCGUUGACGCUCGUCGGUUCUGUCUGCGCUAGCUUUGGAUGUGUCUGUGAAUGUGAAGGGACUGGUGCGGAAAAGUGAAUGGUCUCGUGUGGGCGCCGCUGCAGCGGAUGUGCACACCGCUGCCGCCCUGGUGGUUCGUGCCGGCUGUAAUGCCAGCUGCUCUUGACCUAUCUAGGUACAAGAGCGGGGUGCGCUCAGUGAGGGGCGGGGGCGGCGGCGGCGGCGGCGCAGAGGAGGCGCGGCGCAGCGGCCUCAAGGCGCUGCCGAAGCGCGCCCGCACUCGCUGCAGGGGCAUGAACAUGGGGCAAAAGCUCUCCGGUGGAGUCAAGUCGGUGUCGCGCGACUGCACGGCGCCGUUCAAGGCGGUAGUCGCCCGCGAGCUGGCGCCCGAGCCGCCCAGGCCCGCGCGCCUUGACGCGCUAUUGGACGCGCCGCCGGCGCACCCGGAGCAACAGCUCAAGCAUGCGUGGAACCCAGACGACAGAUCACUAAAUAUAUUCGUUAAAGAAGAGGAUGCGUUGACGUUUCAUCGGCAUCCUGUGGCACAGAGCACAGACUGCAUCAGAGGGCGGGUCGGCUACUCGCGGGGGCUCCACUGCUGGGAGGUGGUUUGGCCUGCGAGACAGCGGGGCACCCACGCAGUAGUGGGAGUCGCGACGGCGCACGCGCCCUUACACUCCGUCGGCUACCAGAGCUUAGUAGGCGCGACGGAUCAGAGCUGGGGAUGGGACUUGGGCAGAAAUAAGGUGUACCACAACGCGAAGGGCACGGGCGGCAACGGCGCGACGUACCCCUCUUUACUGCGGCCCGACGAACAGUUCUUAGUGCCCGACCGGGUGCUAGUCGUACUGGAUAUGGACGAAGGCACGCUAGCCUUCUGCGCAGACGGCCGAUAUUUGGGAGUGGCGGCGAGAGGACUACGCGGCAAGACGCUGUACCCCAUAGUGUCCGCCGUGUGGGGGCAUGCGGAGAUCACCAUGAAGUAUAUAGGCGGGCUGGACCCGGAGCCCCUGCCCCUGAUGGAGUUGUGCCGGCGCGUGAUCCGGCAGCGCGUGGGGCGCGUGCGCCUGCGCCACGCCGCCGCGCGCCUCGCCCUCCCCCCAGCGCUCACCGCCUACCUACUCUACCGCGCGCCCUAGCAACAACGUGCGAACUAGUGCCGCCUCCGAGCCCCGACGUACUCCACUUUAGUUGCGUCACCGCGAGCUCCACAACACAAUCGCUAACUCGGGCCGCCUCCACCCCGCCCGCACUAGGCGCCCCGCCCCGCCCGCGGAUUAUCUCCGUCCCAGCCGCACUGUACUGUAAACUAGCCGCGUACCUCGCGCUCACCACCUACCUGCUGUACCGCACGCCCUAGCAACAGCGAGCGGACUAGUGCCGCCUCCGAGCCCCGACGUACCCAACUUUAGUUCCACAACACAAUCGCUAACUUGGGCCAUCUCCACCCCGCACUAGACGCCCCGCCCGCGGAUAAUCUCCGCCUCAGCCGCACUGUACUGUAAACUAGCCGCGUACCUCGCGCUCCCCCCGCUCUCACCGCCUACCUGCUGUAUCGCGCGCCCUAGCGCCCCAGCGCGAACUAGUGCCGCCUUCGACCCGUUGUACUCCACUUUAGUUGCGUCACUGCGAGCCUACGUAGCCUGCGUCGUGUUAUGUGACGUAUAGUCCGAUUCAAAGUUAAUGGCGGUUGCGAAGUUAGCAACGUGCGCGAGUACUACUAUGCGCAGGUUUUAGUUCAAUGAAACCCCGAGCGCACCUAAAUUCCGCAUGACUACCUUUAUUUCGGCGGUUCCUUAUUUCGAGACCACGUCGUUUCAGAAUAGAUUUUUAGAAAGACGCCAUACACAUUCCGCUCCUCACCUCAUAUUAACGUCCGCGGGCGACGCGCGAGCAGCAACGUAACCAUUGUGUUGGCUUCUGCUCUGUUAAUUUUGGUUUGAAGCCGAUUGUACCGGACCUGAUCUGAUGUAAAAGCCAUCAUAGACGGCAAACUUUGUGUUAUUCUGACGUAAGCCUAAAUAUUAAAAAAAAAACUUUGUCCCUUAGUGAAUAAGGAUCAUCACUAGAGCACAUAAAACGAAUGACGCAAUGUAACAAUAGUAAUUUUGUAUCGGUAUCCUGACGAUAAAAGAUAGGUUUUAUUUAUUGAUAAGAAUUUUAGUUUUCGUGCGCAAUUAAAUUUUGACUAUAUCUGGCCUUAUUAGGGCCUUAGCAUUUUGUAAUGUUUUUCAUAUGAAAGCUGUAAAAAGUAACUUGGAAUUUGAUGGAAGUGUAUAAAUUGUAAUCGAUUCAGGUACUCAUUGUAUCGCUUUCUUAUUAGAAAAUAUCAUAAUAAUGAAUUAUUAAUACAAAAAGAAUUAAAUUGUAUGCGAGAUUGAAUGCCAGCACAAAAUCAAAUUGAAAAAAGUACCUAUUAAAGAGUAUUUAGUUUAUUUAAAACUACGUCCAAAGCGUAAAAGUAUAUAUUGACAAUUUCAGAUAACCUAAUGCAAUGAAUAUUCUAUAAAACUGUAUACUACAAAAUCGUAUUGAUUGAUAUACACAAUGGAUAAUUUUCAAGUAAGCUUUAAGUAUAAAUAAGUAAUCCUAUCGACGAAAACAUUAUACAUACUUACACAAAGUAAAUACACAGUUUUAUAUGCUUUGACAAAACGAUAUAUUAUUAUGGAAAUGUACGAUAGACUCUUUAACUAUGACUCAUGAAUUAAGUGUUGACCUUUAUCAAAGUUAUAUAAAAAUCAUGUCGAUUUGCCUUGAAUAUUACAAGAAUGUGGAUAUGAAGAUGUGGCUGUGUAUGAUCAACAAAAUCAUGAUAAGCUAUGAUAGAUUCUGAAAAAAAUGUAAAUAAUAUACCCAGGGGCCUUUGUGCCCCUAAUAUUUCCCAAAACGUCUAUCGAAAAUACUUGCACAAAUGAAGAAAAGUUUAAAUUAACGGGACACUAUUUAUAAACUAUACUUCCCGCAAGCCAAUAACUUCCAAACGAGCACCAACAUUUUACUAAUUGGUGUCCGCAUUUAUUUUAAUUUGUAAUUAUGUUUUUAAAAACUCCAAUGAUUCCGACUUGAAUGGAUACUACCUGUUGUUUAUAUAAUUUUUAAUAUUAUCUGUGAUAGUCCUUACAUUAACCAAAAUUCAUUAUCGGCGAUGUUGGAAUUUUUUUAUUCUGUGAUACAGUCGGCAAAGGUCAAGUUACCCAAAAAGGUUUAUUCAACUAACUUUGAGCUUUAUCAUACAUGAUAGAAGAUUCACAACUGAUUGAAAAUCUGUGACCGGUAACUUGAUGGUUUGUCGACUGUAUUGUAGUGAUGUUAAGUGUAGUGGUUUUUUUUUAAUUAUUCAUGACCAUGGAUACAAGUCCUGCAGUCGUAUACAUAUAAAUACAAAUCUUAAUCUCUUUUUUUACAUUAGAAUGUCGAUGUGACGCAUUCAAAUGUUUCUAGUGGGGUGGAGAUUAGUGACGGGCGAAAUGGGGUACGUACUAAUACUGUUACCGAUUGAAUCAAAUCUAUGGACGAUUCAUACACGAUGAUUACGAUAUGUUAGUGUCGAUCGAUUGCUGUAUUAAAAAACUGUUUUAUGUUAACAUUUGUUCAGCUCUAAUGCAAACCGCACGUGUUUUAUAUCAAGCCAUAUUGAUCUCUUUAAAAUGCGUUCCCUGUUUUAACUAGUCAGUUAACACAGCGAUGCGCAUUUUACUUGUUAAGAAAUAAUUUAGAAUGAACAACAGCGUGUUAUACAUAAUAUGUAACUCACGAGCCUCGGCGAUUACUAAUAACGUUAGAAUGUGAUUGUUCUUACAACAAUAGCAUUACGCGGACCGUGCCGGUCCACACUAGGCCAGUGUAUCGUUGGCAAUCUUACAUGAAUACUAUUUUAUAGCUCAUUAAGUGACUGGUUUAUUUUUUUUUUAGUUAGAAUCCUAAUUCCUAUUGUAAAAACGUGUGAGUGUGUAAUGUAUAUAUAUUAUCUACGACUAUACGUACUGUAUCCGCAUGAAGUGAACGUGUCACCCAGGGAUUAUUUUAGCUGUACAUUUUCUGAACCCUAGUGUAUUUAGAUUGGUAUAUCGCGAAUUCAUCUCUUCUCUCGUUACGUCUUCUUUUGCGAAUUUUAGACUUAUAGGUAUAAUGCAAUAAAUUAUGAAAUUAGUAUUUUCAAAAGCACGAGUACUAAUUGAAACGUCAGCCAUUUUUGACCCAAAUUAGUUAUUAUUGUAACCUUAUAAUGAUGUGUAAGUACUUCCAUUUUAAUAAGAUUUUUUCAUAAUGUAGAUUGUACGGCAAAGUAGACAUCCCAUGUGGAGCUCACUUUUGUAAUGUGUCAAUAUUCAAAUGGUAUCAUUCGCCUUAAUAUUUUAUAGUUGUCACAUAGUAAUUUGGGUUGUGUAAAAUUGCAAGAGUUCAUAUUAUUUUGUACCGCGCAUAAUGUGAUGUAUGAUUUGAAUAUUGAUAUAGCGAAAAUGACUAUGAUAUACUGCCAAAUGCGACGUAUGGAUGUGUGGAAUGGAGUGUGCGAGCGAGAGGCGAUGUAUGCGUGUACGCGUGUCGUAUGAAUGUUGACGUGCGAUAGAAGGAUAUUUUCAAUGUGUAAAAGAUGUAAUCAUGAUAAUAUAAAAAUACACCAAGCUCGAUGUACCGUUGACGCGGUCUUUUACGUUAAACCCCUCCAAAAGGACCAACACUGUCGUUUUUAGAAUACCCGAUUGUUUUGGUUUUGUUUCUAAAGUUUCGUCUCCCGCAUUUCUCUCUAUAUCCAAACGCACAGGGGUGUAAUGUAAAAGAUUGAGAUAUUAGCAAAAGUAACCAUUUGAAUUCUAUGAACCGUCAAAUUUAGUCCUGUAUAUAAAUAUAUGAAAUAUCAUUUUGCGGUGUUUAAUGACUUUAUUAUAAGUGGAAAUGCAUUUUAGUUUUAUAAGUUGUAGGCAAUAUUUUUAAAAGGUCAUUUCUAAUGGAUCACUGCGAUCGACAGUCGAAUCUCUUAGAUAACAUGAUUUAAAAAAAAAUAGGAAAAACGAUUGGAAUAAAUAUAACUGGUUAAGAAAAUAAUA